AGAGAGACAGUUUCAUCCAAACAGUUUCCUACGAUGUCAACAAGUUUUACUUUGAUUUUUCUUCUGGCUACCUCUUUGAGACCAUCAUAUAUGGCACAAAGUAUAAACAGACACCACACUGCGCACUGGUUUAAUUCAACCUGCCCCGCCAAUCGCAUCUGUAGUCAGAGAGGUUCUGUGUGUUUUCUGGACAAGUGCCUCUGUCGUCCGGGCCUUUUUUUCACAAAAUACGAUGGCACGUGCUCUUCUUUAUGCUACCCGGCCGACCUGCAGGGUGACUACACGGUGUACCCUGACAGCAGAAUACGAAAAGGGAAUAUUGUAAAACAGAAUGGACUGACUUUGCAGACAUGCAAGAACUUGUGUACUACAGCUACGAACUGUCUUUCCUUUGACUUUAAAGGUGAUACAGGACAAUGUGUGACUCAUGACAUCACAUCACAAGAGGCGCUGUCAGAAUGGUAUCCUAAGAUCAGUCACGGCUGGACCCACUACCAGAAGACCUGCCUAGAGAAUCCGGACACAUAUCCUGAGACAUGUGUCGAUCGACAGAAGCCAGAUGGCAAGUCCGGUGUCUACACUGUUCCACUGCCCCACACACCAAACCUCCAAAGAGUCUGGUGUGACAUGGACUUGGGUGGCGGAGGCUGGCUAGUUUUCCAGAGACGCUUUGACGGGGUAGUUGACUUCUUCAGGAACUGGACUGAAUAUGAAAAGGGCUUUGGGGACAUCCGGGGGGACUACUGGCUGGGCUUAGCCAAGCUUCACAAAAUAACAACAUGGAGACCACACCGACUUCGUAUUGACCUGGAAGACUAUUCUCAACGAAUGUCCUACGCUGAGUACGCAUCCUUCCGUGUGGAGGGUCCUGAGACAAACUACAGAAUUCUCGUGUUCGGCUACUUGGGAAGUUCAAGUGCUGGCAACGGCCUGAUUGGUCACAAUGGCCAUCGUUUUUCAACUUAUGACAAUGACAAGACACCUGGGCAAUGUGCCCAGAAGUAUCACGGCGCCUGGUGGUAUCAUGACUGUAUCACCUCCGCUCUUAACGGCAUUCACAACAACGACCCCGGGAAAAGUCCUUUGAUGGGCGUCGUCUGGUCCUCCAGCCCUGGGAGGUAUAGGAGACAGAGGGUCAGCGAGAUGAAAAUCAAACCAGCCUAGUACCGCGCUUUGUUCUUUGAACUCAGCACCUUACUGUACUAACCACAACAGUGAAUUUCCUGCAACUAUACUGUGGAGCAAAAACUGACCCCCUACUCCCCUACUGAUGUUUUCUUAAUUUUUACUUAUCCUCACACAUUCGGGACUACAAUACUAUACUUGACACGUAUGCUAGUAAAACUGGAUGUCUAUAAUCAAAAUAAAAUUACUUUCUCUAAAUCUGA